GCGCGCUCACCGUCGCCGGAAACGUGAGUGCUGACGCCGCCCCCCCGUCUUCUUACCUAUCCGCGCAUGCGCUGACAACUAUCACUGCUGAACUAGUACAUCUUCGCCGUCAACGCCGGAAGCAAUACCCUCACCAUGCUGACCAUCUCGAAGGAGGACCCGACGAAGCUGGCAGUGGUCGGCAAGCCGGCCAAGGUCCCGGCCGAUUUCCCCAACACGGUGGCGGCGUCGACCAAGAAUGGGCUCGCGUGUGUCGGGGCGAGCGGCGCCGUCGCGGGCAUCACCUGCGCGCCCUUCACGAAGCGCGGCCUCGGCGCCUUCGACAAGCUGCGCGCUAUCGACCUCGGGCAGACGACGCCGCCGCUGGGCCCGCUCAACACCGUGUCGCACUCGUUUUUCUCCGAGGACGAGGCGACGCUGUUCACGACGGUCAAGGGCGACCCGACGGUCGGCAAGGCGGGCUUCCUCUCGUCGCUGCAGAUCGAGGAGACGGCGUCGUGCCGCGGCGCGAAGCGCAGGGCGGCCGCGGCCCAGGACCUGCGCUCCACGCCCGAGGGCACCAACGUGCUCUUCGGCUCGCAGGUGAUCCCCGGCACCGGCAAGGUGUUCGCGACGGACGCGUCGUUCGGCGCGGCGGUCCUGCAGGUGGACCGCGCGACCGGCCAGGCGGUCGUCGCGGGCAAGACCGCGAUCGAGGGCCAGGCGGCGACGUGCUGGGCGGCGUUCGCGCCGGCGACGGGCACCGUCUUCGUCACGGACGUGGCGGUGCCGCGCAUCGUCGAGAUGAGCGCCGACGACGCCGGCGUCGUCGCCCAGCUCGACCUGUCGCCCGACGCGCCCGACGCCGGCUUCACCGACCUCCUCGCCUCCGGCAACUUCCUCUACGCGCUCGCCCCCGGCAACGGCACCAUGGACGCCGCCAUCGUCGUCGUCGACAUCGCGGGCGGCCCCGGCUCGGCCAAGUUCCUCCAGCGCUUCUCGCUCGAGGGCCUCGGCGGCGCGAACGCUCAAGGCAUUGCCAUCCUCAACUAGGCGUCUCGAUACAAGGGGGGAAGGGUGGGAGGCGUAUCCGAUCCACUGCGAUUUAUUAAUUUUUUUCCGGGGUUUUUGCUUGCAUUUUCUCUCCGGUUGCACUUUGUAUAGAUAUCAUACCUCUACUGCUGAGCAUUAGGAGGGGUUGCUCUUUUAGACAUUUAAGCGAUCGUAUGGGCCAUCUGCGUUGCUACCUACCAUCUAUUACAUGACCACGGGCUACCCCCCCGCGGGCCACCCCUUAAUAUAUUAAAAAAGGCUAAAACAGGCCCUUUUAUAAAUUAAAUAGCUU